GGGGGAGAGUGCGCGGUGGUGCGAGCCAGCAGCUGCGACGUGCGCAGGCGCAACGCGCGUGCGUGCGCCGGCGCGUUUGCAGGCGUAGCCUCGGCUUCCGACAACAACAACAUUAGCUCACCGGGUCACGUGGCGGCGGAGGAAGGGAGGCGGGGCGACGCCGGCGGUUGGGCCGUGCGCGGUGACGCAGGCGCGCACGCUCUCCUCGCGCCAGCUUCUCCUCCUCCUCCUCGGCGGCGGCGUCUGGUCUCCCCGUCAGUGUGAGGAGAAGUCGGCGGAAGGCGAGUCACUCCAACCUCCGCUGUCGUCGUCGUCUCCGUCUCCUUCCCUCAGGCGGCCAUGGCGAUGGAUACGAGCGGCAAAGAGAAGGAGGCGCUGCAGCUGCUGGCCGAGGCGGACAAGAAAGUGCGCGGCUCCCAAGGCUUCUUCUCGGGGCUGUUCGGGUGAGGCCCUCGAGCAGGACGAGGCGGCGAGGGAGAGGCGGGCCCGGUGGCGGGGGCGGGGGGGGAGAGAAAGUGCGGGGCGUUGGGUCAUGUGGGAAUGCGGGAAGUGCGCGCGCGCGCGGUGUGCGUGGGGGUGUCCCGGAGGGGGAGGGAGCAGAGUCAGGGUCGUAAUAAUAAUUGUAAUAAUUAAUAAGGGGUGACAUGUGUCCUCUUUUCCCAGGACUUCUUCUUUUUUCAGGGGUAAAAUUUAUUUAAAAAAACAAAAACAACUGGCCAAAAUGUCUCUGGCUCUACUUUCUGGAUAUCAUCAUCAAUCUUUAUUACAAAUCAAUACAAAGCAAUACACAAUUCAUACAGCCUGCCUCCAGGUUAAACAAGCAUUUUGUUCAAAAUAUAGGGAUCAUUGGUUCUUGCAACCACCAAUAAAAACUUUGCCACUGCUAAUGUUCUAGCGUUUGUCUGGUCUUCCAAUAGGAACCUGACAUAGUGAGCCUCUGAUUUUCCCGGGAAAGGUACUAGCUAAUAUUUUGCACAGUGCAACAAAAUAUGUUUUAUGGAGUUUCUGGAUAUAGACGUAAGUGGUGGCUGAAGACUUGCUUUCCCCCAUCUCUCCCCGCCCCCCAUUGCAGCUUCUAUAGCCUACAUAUAGUAGGGGGGUAUUUAAAGUGAGAGCUGUCAGAACGUCCUCCUUCCCCUCCCUUCAAAAUAUGGCAGCCCUAUUUAUGUGACUGGGUUGGUCCCAGCCACUCUGGGCGGUUUCCCAACAAAAAGUAGCAAUAGCACAGUACAACAUCGCACACUAAAAAAACCUCCCUUGACAGGUUAAUGGAUUUCUGGUGGGGUUGAUAAAUCUCUGGUGUGUAGGUGCUUGUGUUUAUGGGGAUUGGAGUUGUGGUAAUAAACUCUGGCGGCUGGUGCCCUUUGGAACUGGUAGGGCGGAAGGCUGGAGGACCAACAGAAGGUGGAGCCAGAGCCUAUGGCAGGCAGAACCGCUGCCAUGUACUGUAAGAAAGAAGGCAGCCGGGUGGGGGCUGAUUCGGAGCAAUGUUAAAAACUCAGAUAAGCUAGGCACCAAAUGGCUCCUUAAACUAGGGUUACCGUCACCAAAACAGAAUGCCUAACUGCCAUUUUUGGGCCAGAUGGCUUGAAAGUCACGUUUUUCAAUACGGCUUUUUGGUUCUUGUUCAUUUUGAUUAUGCAGAUAAAAUUCUACAGGAUGUGUUGCUACUGUUUGAAAGCAGUAAAGAUCCAAACAUCCCCAGGCAUGCACCUCCAGAUGGGCAUCUUCACUUAGGCUUAAGUGGUCAAUUCGUAAAGUGGGCGAACACCAGGUGGGCAGGGUUGGUGGGACAGUGUUUUGCUCUCCCUAAAACCAGCCACCUCUAGUAAUGAGACUCUGGGGCAUUGGGUCAUGUGGAAAUGCAGGAAGCACACACAUGGUUGUGUGGGGAUAUAUUGUGAGGGGUGUCACUGUGGGAAAGUGGCAAUGAAGUGUAAAGACAGUGGGAGGGAAUGAGUGACGGGCUUGACAGAUCAUAGAAUCGUAAAGUUUGGAGAGACACCAAGGGUCAUCUAGCCCUUAGAAGACUUCUGAAGGCAGCGCUAUAUAAGGGAGUUUUUAACGUUUGAUGUUUUAUUGCGUUUUUAUAUUUUGCUGGAAGCUGCCCCAAGUGGCUGGGGCAACCCAGUCAGAUGGGCGGUAUAUAAAUAAUAAUAUUUUUGUUAUUUCCCCAACUUGGGGCUUGAACCCACAUGUUCUACUGACUGAGUUAUCCUAGCUCUUUGGUGGGAGUGAUGAAUUGCCAGUGUGUGUGAGCAGGAGAUAAUAUACUAGUGGCUGGUGUCUAUUGAGAUUGGUAGGGCAGAAGAAAGGAGAAUCAACAGUAAUUGCAGCCAGCGGCAGACAGUGCCAUCCCCUAACUAAGAAGGCAGCCAGGUGGGAGCUAGUUUGCUUAGGUUGUCAUUUGCCCAAAAUGGACUAGCUCCCACUGGUAAUGAGGGGGACUCUUUGUCGAAGGUGAGAAGGAAAUAAGAGCUCCAUGGUGGAGUCUCUAUAAACAAAUAGGAAUCUGGGAGAGUGGCACUAAGUAUGGAUAAUAGUGAGUUGGGAAGGUUUAUAUUGGAAGGUAGGUUAGGAUGGAUGUUAGCAGUGGGUCUAGCUGUGUGGCUCGUCUGGAAGCAGAUCACUGCUGUAGUUGUGACUCAAGAAGGUAGACCUUAAACCACACAAAUCUGUGGCUCCUCACAAGCCAUUGUUCAGGGUUGUAUAUCCAGGGGAAGAGGUGAGCCAACAUUCAGCAGAAAAUCUGAGGAGUUCUGAAACUCUAUAGCUUUAUUUACAGAAAAAUAACAUUGGCUAAAGGAGACUAGAAUGAGGAUGGAAGUAGCUGGAAAUGUAGAAACUUAGCUGGUGGGAGGGGCAUACUUAAAGAGAGGGAUUGGGUGAGAUAAACUGAAUGGCUUCAAGUUGAAAUGGUCAGGGAAGUUCUGGGAAGCAGAUUAAAUUGGGAGAAGGUGCUAGUAAUUCAUAGGGGAAGGGCUGCUGACAUCUGUGUGAGUUGGAAGAUCAGAAAGUUGGUGAAGAGAUCAGAAAGUUGGUGAAGAGAAGGGAGAAGAAAAUAGGCUAUUGUAGGACAGUCUGGUGACAGGAGAUCCUGCUAAUUGGAGUAAUGUGUUGAAGAUUGGUUAAGAUGCAUUGCAGGCAAGUGGACUAGGCCCAGUCGCUGUUUCAGGGCAAUGUCAUGGGAGCUUUAAGGAAGGAGCUGUUGGGUGAAGCUGAGUCAAUGGGAGGUGAUUUUCUAAUAUUACGGAGGGGUAACUUCACUGCAGUGAGCUUAAGUGAAUGCUGUUGAAACUGUGGGAAUCCUCUGGAGUUUGUUCUUUGAGUGGAGGUUAUUGUGGCGAUGGAAGAGGCUGUAGCUCCAGCUUUAUUUGGGAGCGGGUUGGGUGGGACAGACCAAAUUCUAAUAAUAGUCAAAAAGUGACGGUCUUGUGAGUUAAAGUGCUCUGAAUUAAGGCUGUGACCAACUCCACUGACUGUAUCUGUGGAAGCCUGCUCAGUCGUGUGGAAUAGUUUUAAGAUCCAGACCAGUGUAUGCGUUGCAGGGUUCCUGUCAGUGCUGUACAUGUGUUGCUUAUGAAUUUGAAACAGUUGUAAACUUUUAUAUUUGAAGUCAUUGAUAUUCUGUCCUUCCUCCCUUAGGAGAUGAGUUCAGACCACAAUAAGAACAAUAAAAUAGACAAUGUAAAACAAAGCACCCAUUAGAAAGCACCUGAAUUAAGGCAACUCCAUUCACCUGAUUUUCAUCAUGUGGGCCUUGCUUCCUUUCUUCGUGGACAUUAAUCCUGUAUACUUCCCACUUUUAAUUACAUUAGGAGGGUGGUUGUUUCCUCCCAAUACUUUGGUAACUAGAGACCUGGCUGAUGACAGAAGAUGCUCGUAUGCAUAACCUCCAUAGAAGAAACUGCCUAAACCAUAGUCUAAUGUGUGAUGCAAUGUAGCCUAAAUGUUGCUGCACCAUAAAAAUAAAAGUCCUAAUACUUUCACUUUCUCUUCUGCUUUCCCCGCUCCUCACUGCUGUGAGUUUGAAUAUGGAAUAACAGUCCCAAUCAUUUCUUAUUUUUCCUAAUUUCCGCCUUCACAGCUUUUUUUGCUGAACCCAGGUGAGAUAACUGGGAUUUGGGAUAACACUGCUGGUGGGAGCUGCUACCUUGGCAGGAGGCAGAUGAGUUUAUUGAAGCCCCUGUGCUUUGGCUUAGUUUCUGUUAACUGUUGUAGUUUUCCAGGCUGCAAGACAGAAGAGUGGUUAAGGCGCAAGUAUAUUUCUCAGAAGACGGCAAGCUGCUUUGUGCUUAAGAGGAGGGGUUGUGCAAGACUAAUGCAGUGUUGUGCAGGGAUUAAGGAUCUGUACAGGUAAUGAAUAGUGACUGGCAAAUCUGUCAGAGCUUUUGUCAUCCUGGGAAGCUUUGUUAGUUUCCCUGAGACUAAUCACCCUGAUUCUAUCUGUGCUUUUUCUGAAUGUGUGCUAGUACUGCUAAGUAGCUGAGAUGAUAUUCUUGCACACACCAGUGCUUAUUUAACAAAAUGGAGACGCUUCUGAAUGAGCCUGCAAUAAGAGCAGCCUACACCUACUUUGCUAGCAGCAUUUCGGAGACAGUGCUGUUUGAAAGGGUAAAAGGCUUUAGGAGGUGGAAGCAAAAAUGUUGUAAGGCAUGGUUUACAUAAAGUUGGACCUUCUCUUCUCCUCUCCCUAGGAAGAGGGAGGAUAUGAUCAUGAACAAGAACAGAGCAUGGCUGUCUGCCUAACUUGGAACACUGCAGUUGGCUGAAAAUAGUUGUUGAGACUGGCAUGAAGUAAAAAAUAAUUUUAAAACCUGGGACUUGGUUCCAGGCUGACUGGGGAGACUGAAGCGUGUGACGUGAUGGAUGUCUUCCACCACCCACAGACGAGUAGCAUUGUCUGGGUUAGGCAUACCCAUUAGUCACACACCUACAAUUUUAAUAACAGUGUCAAGCCUUGAGAAAAAGGGGGAAUGGUGGUAAAGGGAGAUCUUGGAUAAGCUGUACGUGGCAGCAGGCUAGCAGUUAGGGGCACAACAGGAUACAAAACCUGCCCUUUUUUAUAUGUCCGUCACUAUCUGCAGUCCCAUAUUUAUUGGAGUGAAAUGGUAGAAACUGCUAAUAACCACCUCCUCCCUCCAAACUUGUAUGCUCCAAAAAGCUGAAGGACAUCAGAAUUUCACAAGAUGGAUUGGAUGUCCCUGAGCUGAAUGAACCCCCAGGAGUGAUGAGGUCCAUAAAUGUUAAGGAUGUAAGAAACAAACAGGCUGGCUUCUGAUGCACAGACCUACCUUGAGGAAUCUUGUAUUUGCCUAAAAUAAAAACUUUGCUAAGCCUUUCAGUUCCGAAUUUUGUGAAGUAAAUCCUUGCUUUGUUUUAUUUAUUUAUUUAAAAUACUGAUAUAUUGCAAUGAACUAAAACGUCAUUAAAACAGCAUUCCAAUUAAGAUUAAAAGGUCAGUAAUAUUUGGUAAUACUUAAAAACAUAGCAAAACCAGCAUCACUUUAAAACAGACUGUAUCAUGUCCCUGAUAGAAUAUGCCUUCCCUCAGAGAAAAGGAUCUGUUUUCUUUAACUGUCAAAUUCAAGAGGACCCUUCUGCUUUCUUAUUGCAUAAUAUGUAGUUUGGGAUGAAUUAAAUGAUUAUUUGAAGUGGAAAAGUACAGCAGCAAGAGAUGCAGCAUUUUCUUAGAAAUGGGAAGUUUACUUAAAUGUCUGGGGUAGCACCUUCUGUAUUUUCUAGCUGGCAAAUAAGAGUGCAUUUUGCUUUGAUAUGGAUGUGUGUAAUGGAAGGGUUAGUUGCCCUUCAGUUAUUUGUGGUAACAAUAAUGGUGUUUGGGGGAAAUGUUUUUGCUCCUUUCCUCUUGAAAAGAAUGCUUUGAUGGAGGCUGACGUAGCUGGUGGCUGUUGCAUUAUAACCUGUGGGCUAAGAAGGAGGAGAACUGGUCUGUGCUUGCAGUUCUUCCGGCUGUGCAUCUGUUUUUUUCCUCUUGGCAAUAUCUGUUAUUGAAGCAGCCAUCGCCACUGCUGCCUAGUCAGGGGCAGGCAAGGAAAGGGAGGGCACAUGACAGAACUGGUGACUCAAGGCCAGCUUCCUCUUGCACAUAAUACACAUCUGGGCCUUGAGAUGCAAGGAGCUGAAGUAGAUGAUGAAUUCUCAGAGAGUAUGGAAAAAAAAAAAGAGCUUGGUGUAUCAGGGACUGGUGAUUUUCUGUGGCGUGGGAGGAAAACAGUCACUUCUAGGAAGGCUGGCGAGAUGAAGUGGGAAGACAGAGGGGAGAUGACAAAACAGGGUGCUAAAAAUGAAAAGGCAGUUUGUUUCUGCACCUGGAAUUCUUCCUUUGCAAGCCACAAAGGUUAUGUAAUAUUCAUAGGUAAAAAGUAUUUGUGUGCUUGUCUUGGGGGAUCAAUACUCUCACUGUUAUGGAAUAGAUUCUUAGAUCAGAUUAGGGCUCAGCGACUAGAAGUAAACUUCAUUGAACUCAGAAGGGCUUUGCUUCUGAAAGAACAUGCCUUCGUCAAUCUGCAAGUGUCAUAGAUGCCAUUUAUAUGUCUUUCAAGUUCUGGGAAUUGCAGUGCUCAGAAAGAGGAGAGUGAGAUAUUAGUCAGUGUCUUGACAAACCUUCAAUUCCUGGGUUGAGGGCUAUGAUUGCUAAACUGCUUGAGGUUUGUGAAGUGUAUGGAGCCCUGUUGUAAUAUGGAUCUCGAGUUAUGGGUGUGCUUUUCCCCAGAGGCUGAGAUUGAGGUCAAAUAUAUGAGAAUGUCUCUGUUGGCUUUUAAAGGAUUUAAGAAUACAUACCUCAUUAAAUGCUUUUGAGCAGAGGAGAUUUCAGCCAGGGUAUUCUGUGGAUUAAAGUAUUCACCGGUGAUGCUUUUUAAAAAUUCCUUUCAAUACUGUAGUGUUCUCUCUUUGUAUAUUUUGUGUGUGUGAAAGAGAGAGUGCACAUUUAGGAUGGAUUUUUAUAAACUGGGUUGCCGGUGAUAAUUGUCCCCCUCUAGUACCUGACAUACAAAUCCCCUUCCUUAAAUUCUUCCAAGAGUUAAAGAGGACUUGGACGAACACAAGGGGUCGUUUUCCUUUGUAGUGGAGUUUGUACUGAGCUUUGGAAAGGACAAACAGAAGUGUCUCAUCUCACUUUAUGCUGGGAAAAUCCUGUCUGGGUGAUCCACAAGACUUUGGAGAGAGAGGAAUGACAUUGACUGCAAGUAAUACCUGGCUAGAAACUGAGACCCCUCAUCUAGGAAAUUAAAUUGCUAGGCACUUAAUAAAACACUAUGCUGCCCAAGACUGAGGAAAUGAGCUUGGCACUAGGAACCCAAAAUAUUUUUAUCUAUGAAACUAUAGAAUACCUCCUGGUAUAAAAUAUCAAGGACGUGUACAACAAAAUAAUACAAGUUCAGUAAAACAUAAAACACCAUAAAAAUACGGAAUCAUAAAAAAUGGCUGUCAUGUAGAAAAAGAUAGGCUUCCUGUCAUGAAAGCUUUCAAGAGUUACCUGAAAAUUAGCUGCAAGGAUGCCUGCUGAACCUCUGCUGGAUGAGUAUGUAUUACACAGCGUGAAACCAGUGACAUUAAAUGCUCAACUUCACAUUGGAGCCAGAUGGGCUUCUGAACUAGAGGGGAGGGGACAACUAACACUGUUUUUCCAAAUGAUCUUGGUGUUCAAGCUGGAAUAUAAGGGCGCAGGUGGUCCUUAAGGUACUCUGGACCCAGGUUGUUCAAGGCUUUGUAUGUUAAUACAAUAACCAUGAACCUGGCCAAGUAAAAUAUGUGCAGCUAGUACAGAUGUUUUAGCAGAGGUAUCACAUGUCAUCUGCCCCAGUUACGAUUGUGAUUAGACACCUGCCCUUCACUUUAAGGUCCCAGGGUUGGUAACAACAUUAAAAACACUUUAAAACAGCUUACAAGCACAAAAAUCUAGCCACUGGAGCUUUUGGAUGAAGAUCAGCCCCACAUAGAGUGCAUCAUAGUAAUCCAGUCUCAUUGUUACCAGUGUCUUAGUACGAAUAAGCUUUCUGGUUUUUGAACCCAAGUUUUCCUGGGUGGGAUCCUGUAACUCUGGUGACUGCUGGGCUUCUGGGAGCCACUUCUGGAAGAGAUGUCCAGAGGACUGUACUGUUCCACUGUUUGUUGUGCAAUGGCCAUAUGCCUCCCAGACUAGGAAUCUACCUCACAGUCCCAGUGAACUAAACCAUAAUUGACAUCUUGCCUUUGCUUGGAGGCUGUAAGCAAAGCCUGCUUUUCCAGUCCCUGUAGUGUGAAAAUCACCCAGACCAGAUUCUGUACAUUGUUUUGUAGGUGUCUGACGGUUUAACUGUUAUGUGUGUUUGGAACAUCUGUUAAGAUGUGUAUUACGUUGUUCUUCUGUGCUCUCUUGCCCUUUACUCUGGGCCUCUUCUCUUUUCAUAGCAGAAGAAACCUUGGCCUGAUGAUGCUUCUCUUUCUAACCACAGGACUCAUUUUGCCAAAGCUGAAACAUCUGGCAAGGUUUAGCUACUUGCCAUCUGCAGUAAAUUUUCAGAAGAACCAAAUCCUUGGCAUUCGGUGAAGACAUGGACAUGUCUGUUCAAUAGAAGAAUGUGGUGUCGUGGUGGGCAGGGAAUCUUGUUUUGAAGAACGUUGGGGGUUUAGGGCAAAUCUGGCAUUUUUACGUAUGGAAAUUUUUGUUUGCCUCUUACCUCUUUGUGGAAUAUACCUCACAGAGCAUCUAUUCCUAGGAUCAGAAGAAAGUGCAGUGUAAAUUGUAGGGCUCAAAUGGGCUCUAAGAGUGUGGUUUCUUUCUUCCCUUAAUUAUCAUGAUACAGCACAUAAGACUGAGGAACCUUGUAUUAGGGACAUGCAGGUGCUCAGUGAAGACCUUCUUGUUUAGAUAGGUUCUUUACCACGCAAGGUGUUUACCUGGUCUGUUAUUAAUAUUCCCGUGUAGUAUUGGGAAGUCACUAGUUUUUAUUUCUUUGAAUUGUAUACUUUACGGCGCUUCUCUAUGAUAGAAAUCAUAAAAAAGGGAGACGUGAAUUAUGCAUCUCUCAAUAUCUCUUGUUCCGUGUCCUUAUAUUCGUGGGUGCAGACCCAGUCUAAAGCUGUGUAGCAUUCUUAAUGUGGGUAAGGCACCCCCCCCCCCGGAGAGCAUGUUCCUUUCCAAGCAGAUGGUUCUGUUUGCCAGUGCAGCAAGCUGAUUCACUGGUAUCUUUUUUUUCCUCUCUAGGGGUGGCUCCUCCAGGGUCGAGGAAGCAUGUGAUAUCUAUGCAAGAGCGGCCAAUAUGUUUAAAAUGGCCAAGAACUGGAGUGGUACGUAACAUUAUCUCUCACCCUUUGCUUUUGUUAACCUUGCCUUGCAUUCCUCAGAACUGCAUACCCCAACUGCUCAUUUGGAGAGCCAGUGUGGUGUAGUGGUUAAGAGCAGUAGUCUCGUAUUCUGGGGAACCGGGUUCGCUUCCCCGCUCCUCCACAUGCAGCUGCUGGGUGACCUUGGGCCAGUCACACUUCUCUGAAGUCUCUCAGCCCCACUCACCUCACAGAGUGUUUGUUGUGGGGGAAGAAGGGAAAGGAGAAUGUUAGCCGCUUUGAGACUCCUUAAAGGGAGUGAAAGGCGGGAUAUCAAAUCCAAACUCUUCCUCUUCUUCUUCUGUUUAUGAACUCUCUCUCAUUGUGAUAGAAAUGCAUAGUCCCUGGGCUAAAAAGCAGAAAACAUAUGGUCUUCAAAAUAAUAUGGACCUGUAAUAUAACAUACCUAUACAGUGGUACCUCGGGUUACAGACACUUCAGGUUACAGACUCCGCUAACCCAGAAAUAGUACCUCGGGUUAAGAACUUUGCUUCAGGAUGAGAACAGAAAUCAUGUGGCAGCGGCAGCGGGAGGCCCCAUUAGCUAAAGUGGUACCUCAGGUUAAGAACAGUUUCAGGUUAAGAACGGACCUCCAGAAUGAAUUAAGCUCUUAACCCGAGGUACCACUGUAAUAUCCCCCAGCAAGUGUGGGGGAAGAGCCUGCUGUCUUGGCCCAGUUUCUUGUGAAACCCUAGACUAAGAUUUAUGGCAUUCUCUCUUAGUAGAGAGGGCCAUAGCUCAGUAGUAAAGGACAUGCAUGGAAUUUUAAGCAUCUCUGAAGCACUAGAGAGCAGCAGCAGCUGCCAAUCAGUGUAGACCACUGGUCUUGAGCUGAUGGGUUGGACUGCCUAUGUAAGGUAAGAGGCAAAUUAUCUCUGCCUCUUUUCCUGGAUUUGACACGAGACCAUCACCGUUUGAUAAGGCGGUGGUUGAAUGGGUGCUGUAAGAUUAAAUUAGAGCUCUGCAGGUUCGUGUCAAGUCCUCUUUGUUUUACCUGUAUGGACAUUUAGCAACACAAGGGUUGCAGGAGUAAGCCUUGACCCCUUCUGCCAUCUCUCUCUCUUGCUUUUAACUUGAGGCCUCUUCCGCAUCUUCACAGUUCUGGUUUUAGAAUUUUGAUGUUAUGUGCAUGGACAAAUUCCAGGCCUUGCAUACUCACAGGCCCUUUCUCUCUCCACCUAGCUGCAGGGAAUGCUUUCUGCCAGGCUGCUCAGUUGCAUCUCCAGCUGCAGAACAAGCAUGAUGCGGCCAUGAGCUUUGUGGAUGCUGGCAAUGCCUUCAAGAAAGCUGAUCCUCAAGGUAAGAAAAAAGUGGAUUAGGCAAGUUGUACAGCCUCAAAACUGUAGAGGGAUUUGCUGCUUGGGCUGGAGCUGGGAUGGUAGUCUGUGAGACAAGGCCUAUUCAUGCCUCCUGAAAUAUUCUACACACUUGUGAAUUUGAUGCAGAAAGCACUGUGUUUGCGAAAUGUGUUUAAAUUGCAGAAUUUGGGUCACUAUCAUGCAGAGUACACCAAGCCUUGGGUGGAACUGGGUGCAUUGCACAGUCUGUAUCCAUAUACUUAUUCAUAUUUAUGUGUACAUAUCUCUGGUUGAUGAGAAGGGAAGACAGCUGCUGCAUUCAGAUGUUGACAUCUCAGUUUAAUAAGAUGAGAUACACACAAGUCUCUUGCCCGCCCAUGCAGCCCUCUUCUCUUUGUAGAGAACCUCAGUGAAGGUUUGGAGUUGGUUUAAGGUCCUGGUUUGUUCUGAAUCUCGUAACCAUAGUUUACCAGUUCAAAUGAAAUGGGAAACUGUGGCCAAUUAGAGCCACAACAUUUCAAGGAAGGAGUUUAAAAUUGCUUUAUUUUCACGUGUCUCUUUUCAUUAAGCCAAGCUACAAUCAUCUGAACACAGCCAUUGUAUUGGACUUCUGGACUUGUGGUGCUUAACUGCCAAAUGCUAAUAUGUACAUUCUCUCUAAAGCUGCAAGUCACGUAGGUUGCUGAAGGGCAAAAGCUAAUGUGCCAGCUGGCUUCCUUGCAUUAUACACUGAGAUGUCCUGCUUUAGCUUGAAUCCUCAGUCGCCUGCAGCAUUGCAUAAGAGCUUCAAGUUGACAGGCUUCCCCCUGGCCAGGCUUGUGCAAGCCUCACAGAUACUAAACAUGCCGUAUCAGUCCAUGAGUACAUUCAGCCUUAAAUGUUCAGCUUCCACCUUUGCAGGAGAUCUUUUGUCUCCCUGCACCUGCAUAUAUGCACAACCCUUUUGGUAUCAAGGUGCCUCUGAGCCUUGCAUAGAGUGCCUGUUCCUCAAAUUCACCCACCUGUGUGUUUGUCAUUAGUAUAGGACUUCAAGGUAGAAUCAAGUCCAGAUGUCUUUUUUUUAAAUCCUCCUUCGAAAGCAGCAGUUAUGAGGAGGGGCGUUUUCAUGUUAUUCUCACUAAUUUUUUCUUUCUCUGCGCAACAACUGGGUUAUAUGGCGCCUUUGCUCCAUUGUAGUCUUGAGGCCAAAGGCCUGUUUGGGAAGAGGAUCCCCCUUCUGGGAUUUCAUGUGCAUGUCUGCUGGCGACAAUUAGCAGAAAAGACAGACAAAUGAGGAGGGGAGAGCCCUCUUCUGCAGCUGCCUAGACUCAGGCAGCAAUUUCAGGAUAAAAGAUGAUAAAGUAACCUGAGGAGAAAACAAAUUUAAUCCUCCCCAGGGAUUUGCUUAAUCUUUUGGAGAUUUGCAUUCUGAUUAUCGGCUGCAGUAGCAGAGCUAAAGAGCCACCCUCGUCCUUGUCAUUGCGCCUGGCGGAGGCGGAGCAGCCUGGGCGCAUGGGAUGCCUGAGCUGUUGCACCAGGUCUGUGGGGUGGUUAAUGUGAUGAAAAGGGAUUCCAUCUUGGCACCUACAUCCUCUUGCUUUGGAUCUUCUGCUUUCCAUGAACAGUUGAUUUCUCAGGGGAGAAGUGCCGAAAGGAGAGGCAUUGCAUGUGCUCCUGAUAUAACAUGCAGUCUAGAUGAGAACUCUGUACACACAACGUAGUCCUCACCCACUCUUCCAAAAUUUGCCAAAUUAACUUGUGCAGAUUUGCACCUCUUGGCUUCACCAGCCUGAUUGUGCUUACAAGGGCAGGUUUUGACCAUUUAAAUCCAUCCCGAGGGAUUGCUUGUCUGCACACACUCUUGCUUGGACCUUAAUGUUUUCUGAGGGCCUACUAGGGUAGCCCCAUGCAAUAAGGUGUGACAGUUGAGUGAGAAAUACUUUUUCAAGGUUGGCACCCUGACACACACUCCCCAGACACUCCUGGCAACUACUUUGAUGUCAUUUUAACACUCAAUAAAUAUUAACACUGAAUAAACACAUUUCCUUUUCCCAGGACUCUUUGUUCUAUUUCUAAUGUAAAUUCCUUGCUUCUUUUUAAUACCCCUUUUAUGCCUGAUUGUGAUUUUUUUUUUUAUUUGUUCUCAUUCUCAUUUGUCAGCCACCAAAGACUGGAUUGCCCAUUUAUUUUAUUUUGGAAACAUUAAAAUGGUGCUUUUAUCCAGAUCUGGCUGCUAGGGUGGUGUACAUAAAUGUCCAAAAUACAAACACAAAGUUAAACCAAACAUAAUAAAAUGUGUUGAGGGGGUAGGAGGGAAUUCUGUAGUAAUCCUGUGCUCACCAUUUAAAUUUCCAUCCAAAUCCUUUUCUUCUUGUUUCUGAGCUUUCAAGAGUGGCUUGUUGCUACGCUUGAAACAACUGCCAAUUUAAAACAAUGAAAUUAGAAGCUGCCAUUUAGCAAAUGGUCGGAGUUCACCGUAUCCAAUUCUGUGUGUGACCAGGACACAUAUUAGUUUAAAUAUAUUCAGUACUGAAGUUCUUCAGCUGACUACACAAGGGCAGCAUAGCUGCGAUAACUUUGAUGUUUUGCUGUUUGUUUGUAAUGUUUCUGGAAAAGCAGUAAACAAUUUAUUCUUUUGGGGGGGGGGGAGCGGAACAAGGUCAGCACUGGAAUCCACCCUGUUAAUCCUGGGACACUGGCUAUGUAUGUGUUUUGCAGAAUGACCAGUUGUAGUAUCUUCCUUCUGAGUAGGAUGUGGUGACAUUCUAAUUGUAUCCAUUCCUACCGGAAGGGAGAAUGCAGAACAGAACUCCAAGCGGUAAUGAUAAACACCCAUCAAUUCUCCAAAUCAGCUUGCUACUGUCUUUCAAGUCCCAUAAGAUCUAUGGGCCUCAGCAGCUUUCCUUGAGUGGCUUUUGAUCCCCAGGGUGGGAAGUGUGCUAUAAAUAUACUCACAGCAUUGUCCCUUUCAUGGAGGAUAAAGGAGCAGCAUUGGCAGAUGGUUUUAUUUCCUUAGAUUGCUAUGUUUAAAAUUGCUACCUCUUUCUGUUUUUACAGAGGCCAUUAACUGUCUCCUCAGAUCUAUUGAGAUCUACACAGACAUGGUAAGCCUGUUUUGAUAUACGUAUUGUGCAAUUCAAAAACAAGUUUGUUUUUAAAAAUGGAAUGUUUUGUGUAUGUAUAUUUGUAUGUCUGAUUUAAAGAGGAAAUGUUAAAACUGCAAAGAGGGGGGGCAUGAUGUCCAGCAAACUUUCUCUGUGUAUGGGAAUUGCCCUUCCAUGGUGCAAGUAAAUAUUAGCAUCUUGGAUGGGGCUUUUGCAGUGCUGUGUUGAAAGGUAUCUUGAUCUAGCAUCGGCUGGCUGAACCAGAUGCUUGUGCUGUUUGUCAGGGGAUUUGCAGCAUGUCUUUUGUAGGAUUGUUCUAAGAGGUGGAGGCAUGUCCUUGAACUGAUAAAAUAACCUAGUAUGGACAGUACAAAGCAGAUUGCUCUGCCGAACAAAACCAAGAAAUGCAUUGAAGCCGGCAAGCGUAAUCUCUAGCACAGACAUCCUUAAAAGAAGUUAAUUAGUGUAUAUAAACCUUCACAAAGUGUGUGUAUGACACCUGCCCAUCCCUCACAAUUGUACACUUGUGAGGUGGGGAGUGUGCUUUGAUAUACCCAACAUGUACCUAAAGGCUGUGAAUGUGUGUUUUGCAAAUGUAGCACAAGGCUGCAGGAAGUCUGGAGCCUCAAGAGAAUUGCCAAUUUUUAACAAGGUUGAGGACUACUCGCCACUUGAAAUUGGAAUGUGCGCAAGCACCCAGACAUCCUGAAAUGGCAGUUCAUUUUUCACACCUGUCUUUUUGUCCUCUAGGGCCGUUUCACCAUUGCAGCCAAGCACCAUAUAACGAUAGCAGAGAUCUAUGAGACGGAGCUGGUAGACAUUGAAAAGGUAUGAUGAGAAAGGGACUUCCCCUUGCCCUAACAAAUUGCUGGAGAGGUACGUCUUGCUCUGGCAUGCCUUGCUCUGCUACCUUAGUAUUGCCUUCCCAGAGCAAUGUAGACGUUGGAACCAUGGUACAUUUUGAAGAGUUUUUUUUGAUUUUGCUGCUUCUAACAUCCAGAUUUCAACAAACGCCCCUAACACAUGGGAUGGAUAAUUGCCAUUCUGUUCUGCUUGUGAGCUCUCUGUCUGUCUACUGGAGGUGGAAUAUUUGGCUGUUUGCACCUUUGGUCUGAACCCAAAUUCAUGUGUCCAGUCUAAUUUCUUAUUCAGUUUCUCUUUGUAUUUUCUCCCUUUCAAGGCAAUAGCCCAUUAUGAGCAAGCUGCAGAUUACUACAAAGGUGAAGAAUCUAAUAGGUAAUUGAAGAACUCUGGUAUUCUUGUACCCUUCUCUGCCCUAGGGUUGUGUUGGGUAGGUGCUUUGGAAUGGCUUCUGUUUUUAGGUUUGGGUUUUUAAUUUAGCAUUUAAUUCUAUGUAAAGCAGCCUAGGAUGUUUCUUGAUGGAGGGCAACGUAUAAGUUGCCUAAAUAAACAUGCCCACCACAACCUAUGUAAAUGUCCCCCAAAUUUUUCUUGUAUUGAGGGGGCGGAAGGCAGGAGAGUCAUUUGCAAGUAGAACCGAUCACCUGGUAGAGGGUUAAGGCACCUCCCUCCAUCAUGUUAGCACCAAGAGGUCAACACAGUAGUCAAAAAAUGUGUUGUCCUUGAAUGUACACCUUGCCAAGCAAUAGAAGCAUGGUAAAAGACCAGGGUUUGAUUUCUCCCCUGCGGAAGGAACCUUUUUAUUUUUAAAAAACACCACCACCCUUGACCCUGGAGACCUCUGUGAUUUGGUCUGGUUGUUCUCAUCUGGUCCUUCCUGGGGUCAUACAGCCUGGAGGGCAGAUAGAUGGGUGGGUUGCUACUCCUGUCCAGGUGCCUGCAGCUCCUUUUUUUUCUCUCUUCCUGCAGCUCGGCGAACAAGUGUUUGCUGAAAGUGGCUACCUACGCAGCUCAGCUGGAGCAGUACCAGAAAGCUAUUGAGAUCUACGAGCAGGUAUGUUUAUGACUUGUCUUCUCUCCCCAGCACAAAUCUUUGUUUAAAUCAAAUUCUUAAGAUAAAAGGCGUACAACAUAGGAAAAUGAAACCGUUGCCAGGACGGUGUACCCCAUGUUUUAGUUAAAAUAGCAUAUCUAGACAAUACAAAUUCUGACCUAAGGAAAGUUGAAUAUUGAUGCGUCCAUACUUUCUGCAUACCGUCAACUGAAUAAACAUUGUUUUGCUGACUGUAGGGCAGGUAUGUGUAAGAUGUGCAGGUACUGAAGCCUUCCAAACUUUGGAAAGCUUACUCAGCUCUUGAUUAUUGAGAUUACAGGGAUAUCUCUCACCCUUCCAAGCAUGUUGUGGCAUGAGGGCUAGAAGCUCUCAUAAAUGAAAGCUAAACCUCCCAAGAUACUGAUACCUGGAGGAAAACCAGGAACUAGGAAAAAUAAAUAAUGGUUCUAGUGAAUAGCAUUCUUUACAACUACAAAAUACCACCUUCUUCUUAACCUUGGCUGAAAGACUUAUCACUGCUUGUUCUGUAUAUACUAUUCCCUCCUGCUGCCCCCUCAAAAAGUUUGCAACUUCCAGAACAAUUUUUCUUGCCAAUCAGACAAACAACAUCUCCUGGAGAUCAUGUUCAGCACAGUUAGCAUCUUGUGUUGCCAGGUGUAGACUAUUUGAACACUUCACUGUUGAUCAUUUGCAGGGAGAUUGCUAACAGUGGUUGUCUAAUGGAAUCAGGGCUAUUGUCUUAGCCUGCCUCUUCUCCCAUCUGCACCCCUUUCUGUACUUUGACAUCCCCACUUCAUAGCUAUAAGAUGAAGCAGUUUACCUUGAAGAAAACCUGCAAUUCUCACUCAAAUUCUGUGGCAUCUUCAGAAUUCCUCAACUGAGAAAAAAGGAAUCCAGCCACUAAUUUAUAGCAUGCUUCCAUUAAAAGAAAAUAAGAACAUGAAGGGAAGGCUCACUUUUUGAAACCUGCCCCUGUUCAUUCUCCCCUCCAAUUCAUUUGUGGUUAGGGAUGAACAUACUGUAUCUACACAGAACCUAUGUGGUCAGAAGGGCCAUAUUGCUGCUUUGUUCCUACUUAGAGAAGGGUGCCAGUAGGGCAUAGGAGCAGUAGGAGUUGUGAGUAUUUUUAUUAUUAUUAUUAUUUCAAUUUAUAUACCACCCUUUAUCACAAGAUCCCAGGUGUACAACAUUAAAAACACAUUGCAGAACAUCAAUGAUAAAACAUCAUAAAAAACAUAAUGACAGACGUCCUAAUAGUGAAAUAACCAUCAUAACAGUCCAUUCACCCAUACUUUCACAGGCCAUAGAUUAGUUAAUAGCCAUAGGCCUAGGUAAAGAGGAAUGCUUUUGCCUGGCGCCUAAAGGCAUGUAGUGGUGGCACCAGGCAAGCCUUUCUGGGGAGAGCUUUCCACAGAUGGGGAGCCACCACAGAAAAGACCCGCUCUCUUGUUCCUUUCAAGGCAACCAAAUGCCAGAGUCGCCAGGGCCCCCAAGUUAAACUUGCAGCUUUGCUUGAAUUGCUCUUCUUUGGCAUCUCCAGGUGGGCACCAGCGCCAUGGACAGCCCUCUGCUGAAGUACAGCGCCAAGGAGUACUUCUUCAAGGCAGCACUCUGCCACUUCUGCAUUGACAUGCUCAACGCCAAGGUCUGGGCAACGGCUUUUUUGUCUUCCUAGAGAGAUUCCUAAGCUUUGUGUCUGGUGUUGCCAAGAUCCAGCAUCCCAAGUGCCUGUCUAGGCUGUUUCCAAACUUUCACCCCACAGACCACUUGAAAAUUUAUGAGGGUCUUGGUGGGGGCACUUACCGUAUUUUUCGCCCUAUAGGACGCACUUUUCCCCCUCCAAAAAUGAAGGGGAAAUGUGUGUGCAUCCUAUGGGGCGAAUGCAGGCUUUCGCUGAAGCCUGGAGAGCGAGUGUGCACCGACCCCUCUCACUCUCCAGGCUUCAGGAAGCUAUCCGCAAGCCUUGGGAGCUCGGCGGGAGUUCCCGCCAGGCUCCCAAGGCUUGUGGACAGCAGCCUGCAGCCCGAAACCCGGGGAGCUCUCUGCAGCACACCCCAGGCUUCGGGCAGAUCUCCGCAAGCCUUGGGAGCCCGGCGGGAGUUCCUGCCGGGCUCCCUAGGCUUGCGGAUAGCAGCCUGUUCUGGGGGCUGGGGUCGGGGGAAGUUCAGGCAUCCCCAGCCCCGCGCCUGGGGCGGGGAAUAAUUUUUUCUUUCUUUAUCCCCCCCCCACUAGGUUCGCCCUAUGGGCCGGUGCGCCCUAUAGGGCGAAAAAUACGGUAAUUUUCUGACUAUUAUAGCAAUCAUAAUGUGCUGUGCUAGAUGCUGUGAGAUUUUUACUUGCCUUUUUACUGCUGCUUUUAUUUCUUACAUAUAUUUCAUCGUAUUGCUGUUUGAAUUCAAUAGAAUUUGAACUGUAAUGCAAUGACAUGCAAUAUAAGAAAUAAAAGAAGCAAUAAAAGUACAAUUCUAAAUCAGUAUUUUUAAUGCAAUGGAUGUGCUGGCUCCUGUUUUCAACCAUAAAUUCAGACAUGCCACGGGGUACCUUGGUAAAGCCUGUAGUUAACUGGUGGUUUAAGAACCACAGUUUGGGAACCCCUGCUUUAUUUAAUGUGUGUGGUUUCCUCUGGAUGUGUUCAGAAUGGGCAAAGGCAGAAUAUGGACAGCGGGGGGGGGGGGACGGGACUAUAGCGCUCUAGCUUUCUUCCAUCACAAACCUGAGUCCAAAGUCUACAAACAGGACUUAUUUUAGCUUGUUCUUAGGAGAGAGGCAGAAGUUGUGCAUGUUGACAGCAUGCAACACCAGUGUUUAACUUACGGGUCAAGGACUGAAGCCAUAUAGGAGCGAGGAUCUGGGUAGAUGUCUUUGUGUAAUAGCGCUGUCAUUGGGCUUUGCAGCAUGUUGGAGGAAGGAGCUGGGGCUUCUGUAGUGUGUUGGUUUCUAAAAUUUGAGUAGCUCUGCUAACAAGCCUUUGAAUGACCAACAGCUAACUGCUUGCAUUUCUCAUCUUCUCUUUUUAAAAAAAUCAGUUGGCUAUACAGAAAUAUGAAGAAAUGUUCCCAGCUUUCUCGGACUCCAGAGAGUGCAAACUGGUUAAAGUGAGUAGUUUUUAUCUAGCCUUCAAAGGCUGAUGUAGACAUCUGUAGGAGCUACUGUCCUGGUCACUGUCAGAAAGCAUCCAUUUGGCGGUUAAAAUCAGUUUUGUGAGUCUUGAAGCUACACAAGGAAACUCUGGAUUAGCUCAGUGGUUCCCAUACCGCCCCCCAACAAAAAAUGCCGAAAAACUUGCCAGACCACUUAAUGAUUUUUCACCCUGUUGUAGCAAUUGUGCUCGAUGCUAAAUGAUUUUAAAUUGUAUUUUCAUUGCCUCUUUUAUUUUUUUCUAGUGUAUUUUGUGACAUACCAAUUUGAAUUCCAUAUAAUAUAAAAUAAUGUAUACUGAUAAAUAAUAAAAUGCAAUAUGAGAACUGAAAGAAGCAAUGAAAGUAUAAUUAAAAACAAACUUGAAUAUAUAAUAUGCUGCACCUGCUGUUCUUCGAGCUUGCAGUCCCUGGCGGUCUGCGGACCACAGUUUGGGAACUCCAGCUUCGGAUUACUUAAACUUUAUGAUUGAAUUUGUGGAGCUCUUCAGUGUUCUUGUACAAAGGAUAAGAGGCCAGUGAGUGAGAAAUGAGAGGUUCUCUGUGCGGUCAGCAAGGAUGGACGAACAAAAGGUUGGUGGUUGGGGUGGUGUCGAGGAGGGACACAGGUACUCCUUAGUAUGAAGAUCAAACAAGCCAAAAAGACUGGAGAUUCAAAGCCAUUCAAAUCUUGCAACAUGCUUUUUUGUCCCAUCCCAUCACUCGUUUAAAAUAGGAUCCGUCCUAGAUUGCAUGAUUACAUCCACUCUUGUUACCAGAAUAACAUUCAGCCAGUCAGGAAUCCAUAGCCAUAGCAUCUUUUUAAAAAAUCAUCUUCUAUUCGUUGUUAGGGCACAAUGGGACACUGAUUCACCAUCUUGUUGUAAUUGGGAACUAAUCCAUAAGUUCACCAAUAUUCUGUCUCCCCCACAGAAAUUGCUGGAUGCUCAUGAAGAACAGAACAUUGACAGCUACACCGAAUCGGUAAGGCUGUGUUUUCCUCAAGGGCCUAGUAUGAGCAUGGAGGCUUGCUGUGACUUCUAGUGUCCAUUAACCUAGAAUUUUAGGAUGGGGAACAUCUGGCCUUUCAUUUUUUUAAAAAAUGAUGUUUAUUGAGAAUUUUAAAAUUACAAAAAAAAAAACAAAGAGAAAAAGAAGGAAAAAACAAGACAGACCCCCCUAUGCAGGGAUGUUUUGACUUUUCAAGUCUGGCGUUGGGCCGGGAGGAGUUUGGAGUUGUGGGGGUCCUCAACUUUGGAGGGACCUUGAAACAUGCUUUUAAAUACCACAUGGAGUUCAGUGUGGACUAUGGAAAAGGGGCUGAUCUGUCGAGAAGGGACAAAAAUAUUGUCAAGCUGGAGUCUCCACGAGUGAAAGGAGCAGAAGACAAAGUAAAGUACAGGUAUAAAUAUGAAGAAGAUCUGCGGAAGGGACAUGGAAGAGACUUAAGGGCCUCGGACAUAAGGUUACCAGGUUAAUGAACUAGAUGGAUGGGAUAGAAAGGACUGACAAAACCCGAGACCAGGAGGAAGAGACGUUGGAUGAAGAUUGGAAGAAAGUUUUAAAAAUUCUACUUAGGAAUAUUUUCUAAAAUUAAUGAGUAUUAGAAAAAUGUUGGAACGAAAUUAUUUGGCUUUAGCAGAAAUGUUAAAAAGAACUAUGUAAGAAUAUGUUAUGGUUAUGAGAAAUUGGUAUAAAUAAGAUUUAAGUUUUAAGUUUUAGGGUUUUUUAUGGUAAGAUAAGGUUAAAAUAGAUUAAGGUAAUUUAAUGACAGAAUAUUAUGAAAAAUGGAAAGGAUUUGCUGUGCCAAUCAACAAUUAGAAUACAAAAAAGGGAGGUGUGAGGAGGUCGAUGAAAUAAGGUAAUGACAGUUAAGGAUUUGGGAAUAUUGGAUCUGUCUUUCUUGUUUUUUGGCCUUUCAGACAGGUUGAACUACAACUCCCAUCAGCCCCAGCGAGCAUGGCCAGGUACGAUGGGAGUUGUAGUUCAACGGCCUCCGGAGGGCUACAGGUUCCUCAUCCCUGCUAUAAUCUUAACAGGUUAGCCUGGUGGAAAAGCUUUAAUUUCUUCUGUAAGUUUGGCUCACAUUCUCCUGGGCUGCCAGCUUUUUACCUUCUCUGUGCGCCUGGGAGACACACUGCCUUCAGACCUCAGGUGGUUUAUUUAGAGCAACCAGCUCUAAAGUGGGGCAGGCAGGCAGCAAUGUGCACCAGAACACAGGUGGUACAUGGGGAUCAGCAGUUAGAUGCCUCUGGGCCAGAUUUAGUCCCCUUAAGUGCCAGCCUCGCGGAAGAGGAGGUGUGGGGGAAACAGCAUCUCUGGCGGCAGAUGCUAACAGCCACUUCUGGGGUGGUGAUAGCAUUAGCGCCUGUGGAAAGGAGGGCGAGUGCUCCUGCAAAGCCAGCUGCUGACAUGUAUUUCAUACGCUUAAAAUCACAUGUCUACUUUCCAAGCUAAAAUCCUGGAUUCAGAGACUCGUUUGUUUAUCCAAGGAAAGGGAUUUUUAAGCGUUCAGAUCAAGCAGACCUAGCAUGACGGGAAGGCAGGUCGAUUUUUAAUGACUUGGACUCCAAAUACCCGAAAGGUCACCUCAACCUUUACAGGUUCUUAGGUUUUAAGAUCAACGGAGGGCCCUCUUGGUGGUUCCAACAUCCUCAAAGGUUUUGGUAGUAAAAGCCCGGAAAGGACAUUCUUUGUGGCAUCGCCUAGGUUGUGAACUCCCCCCCCCCCCCAGAAGUGCACCUGGUACCUUCAUUAUAUAAUUUCUGUCAUAUGCUGAAGACAACACCUCUUUACUUUGACUUCGCCGAUGACUGAGAUACAUAUUUUUAGGACAACCCCCCUUUGGUUGGCUAAUGUUUUAAGCUGAUUUUAAUAUUGUAUUUUAAAUAUAUUUUAAAAUUAUAUUUAAGCAACAACUAUUAUUAUUAUAUUAUUAUUAUUUCCUAGGGCAGGUUACAGCAUUAAAAACAAUUCAAAACAACUUACAAUGUAUAUGCUGCCUAACUACAAUUGUCUUUAAGCAGCGUACAAGAAAUACAAUACCGGGAAGUUAAAAAAUUGUUAAAACUAACCCGCCUCAGGACCUUAUGGUGAAGUGUGGGUAAGAAAAUUGAGAUAACAAUAGUAAUGGCAGCAAAGAGGCUAUAUAGAAUAUUGCCAGUGGUUCCAUAUGUGAAUGUGGUUUCAUAGGCAGGAGCUCACCAUGUUAGUUUGUUAAUACAGGCACAAUUUACUGCAUCUCUGUUCUUUCCUGCCCCCCGUCAGGUGAAGGAGUAUGACUCCAUCUCUCGCUUGGACCAGUGGCUCACCACCAUGCUCCUGCGCAUCAAGAAAACCAUACAGGGCGAAGAGGAGGACCUACGCUAAGCCACUACCCCCCAACCCUCUGCCCCUCAUCUGCAGAACUCUGCGUGGAUCGGCUCUGGGGGAGGAGAGGGGUUUUGGCCCAAAGGAACUGGACUUGAAUGGCAAAUGGUUUAUUACUGCUCCCUUUCUCAUCACCUCUCUCCUUGCCGCCGCCUCUUAGUACUGCAGAAAACAGGACCAGGGAGUGUGUCGCCCGUGGACUGACUCCAGCUGGAGAGAGACAUGAAGGCUGUAACAUGAAGUUCUCAUUUCCGUUGCCUCGCUGCCCCUCCCCAGAAUCUGUGCGCGUUGCUUUCUGAGCCAGCAUUUUACCUUCUUCCGACGGCUUUAAAAUAAUUUGUGUGGCUUAACGUUUGAAAGUCUCUCUAGUGGGUUCAGAUGAUGGCACCAGCUUCCUUCCUCUCUCCCAGAAGAGAGAUUGUUAGAAGCUAGCCCUGGGGUGGAAAGGAGCCUCUUCUGUACAGCAGACGAGAUGCCCCCGUCUUCGUGGCCUCAUCCUGUUACGCACCUCAAACCACAUCUUCCAGAGCAGUUCCAUCCUCCCUCCCCCAGGCAACGAUUGGAUGGCAGCCCCUUUCCCCCCUUUCCUUGUAUCAAAUACUUGUCCUAUCAAAAAGGGUAGCAUUGCUUUCUAAUUCUAAUGAUUGACAUGAAGCUGCCUGAGCUGGUUCUUAAUUGGAAGCUGGCACGCAUACCCCCAUUUCAAGUCCUGGCAGACAUAUGAGAACUAGAAAUUCUAGAUACUUUACGUGGUGUAUAUCCUGACUCUUCUUUUCCAGGCUGCAAGAAGCAUUUCUUGCAGCCCAGCUUACCAUCUUGAAUUCAGGUAGGAAAGAGUUGCCCUUGCUCUUUCCCUUGUCCUUAGAAGUUGGUGCCAGUCACCCAUACAACAUUACACGAGUACGGGGUCGUAAUGCAUAUCCAUUUGCCGGUCACUAGGGGAUAUAGGGUGUUCGUUCUCCUGUUGCCUGCGUAGCAAGAGGCAAACAAUUCCUGAGCCAUGCUGCAGGUAGCCAAAAACCUAUUUAAUGCUAGUAAUUCUGUGUGUGUGCGCAGGCUGUCUUGAUAGCUACCAUCUCUUGCAUGGUUUUCCUUCAGGCUUAGUUUGAAGGGAGCAAUUCUUCUGCCAAGUAUUCUGUGUUCUGUAUUCAUUGUCCUAAAGCUUCCCUCCCACCUCUGGAUUUCCUCUUGUGUUGGCUUUAAAAACAAACAAACAAAAAACACCUAACUUUAUCAUGUAGUUGAGACAAAAGGGUUGAUAUCUUCAUGAGGGAUUCUCAUGUUGAACUUUUUAUUAUUCAAGGGGGCGGGGAGGGUGAAAUUAAGUGCUGCUGCAUGUUUUGCAAUGUUCACCAGCAAGUAACUCUGAUUAUAGAAAAAUAACUUGCACACAGCAAACAACGAGUAAUAAAAUCUGCAUGGGUGGAAAACCAAACUAUAGUAAUCUUUGUCUAACAAUAGUCUCUCUAGCUAAAGUUCCUGCUGCUUCUCUUAAGUGACGUGCAUGUUUUCAGGCCUAGGCUCUCCACGCUGUUUCUUCCCAUCCGUGUUCCAGGACUAAUUCUGCCACCUUCCCGUCAACCCUUCUAAGUUGUGAUUUCUAUUUCUGAGCACUGGCUGUGAUUCUGUCUAUAAAAAACACAAUUACAUGCUUGAAUCUGGCUGUGCAUAUGUGUGUUCAGUCUUCAGACUUUUUUCCUGUGAUGGAUUUGGAACCGGAGCAGCUAUGUUUGGGUGAACUUGACCUGCAGCUUCUCACCCUGUUUUGAGCAGUGCUGCUUUGCAGGUUUGAGUGUGGUGUGUAUUCUGCACUUUUAAAAGAUGGGGGAGGGGGAGACAUAGUGCCCGUAAAAGCAGAGUUGUGUUAAUUUAUGUUAGCUUCCAUAAUUCUGCUUUUUUUAAUGCAGUACAAUGAACCUUACUAACUAGUAUUUCCCCUGCACUGUCCCUAAAAAGUCUUUAGACAUGUCAACAUGCAUCAAAGUUUAUCUUCGAUCCAAACUUGUUUUUAAAAAGCAAAUCCCAUUCUGAAUGCUGCAAAUACCACCCCCCCCUCCUGGACAGCAUGGGCAGAAUAUACCUAGCCCUCAGCUUAAUUUGAAGGUUUCAUCAUCCAGGUACCGGCCUACCUCAUGUUGUCAAUGGCAAUCACUUUAUAGAGGCAGAGUUUCCUAGGGCGGGUCUUGUCUCUUGUGCCAAAGCAAAAGCGUAUUCAUUAGUCCAGACCAGAAAUCAGUGGUUCAGAACUUGUGGGUCAUCUGAAGCUAACUAUAAAAGGUACAUCCUUUUCUGAGACCUAGAUUUGGCUGGGCUUCAUCCAAAUUUUUGUGAGUUCGGCAUUCCUGUGCUCAGCCUAAACUGUUACUUGGGGCACCAGGUGUGCUUUGAAAAUUCAGCUAUCUUUGCCCAUGCCUUUUGAUACAGUACGAAAACACAAAACCUAGUUUUAGAAUUAUUAUUUUCUAUCAUUUAUACCCUGCCCAUCUGGCUGGGUUGCCCUAGCCACUCCAGGUGACUUCCAGCAUAUAUAAAAACACUAAAACCUUAAACCGCUUCCCUAUACAGGGCUGCCUUUAGAUGUUCCCCAAAUGUUAUAUAAUUACUCAUCGCCUUAACAUCUGAUGGGAGGGCAUUCCACAGGGUGGUCACCACUACCAAGAAGGUCCUCUGCCUUAUUCCCUGUAGCUUUACUUCUCACAGUGUGGGAACUGCCAGAAGGCGCUCGGUGCUGGACCUCAGUGUCUGGGCUAAACAAUGGGAGUGGAGAUGCUCCUUCAGGUAUACAGGGCCGAUGCCUUUUUGGCCUUUAAAGGUCAGUACCAUCAAAUUGUGCUUGGAAAUGUACUGGGAGCCAGUGUAGGUAAUUCAGGACUGGUGUUACAUGGUCUAGCUGCCACAUUCUGGAUUAAUUGUAGUUUCUGAGUCACAUUCAAAGGUAGCCCCAUGUAGAGCGCAUUGCAGUAGUCCAAGCGGGAGAUAACCAGUGCAUGUAUCACUCUGGCAAGACAGUGAGCAGGGAGGUAGGGUCUCAGCCAGCGUACCAGAUAGAGCUGGUAGAAAAGCGCACAUGAAGCACAUUGCUUAUGGCAGCAUUGGAGAACAUCUGGCCCUCCAGAUGAUACUGGACUAUGUGGGAGAUGGGACUGAGGAUUAAAUCAAAAUUAAAUUUUAACCACCUAUUCCAUGUAACUAAGGCCUUUUAGCAGAGUAAAACAUUUAAAUGUUUUUGCAGUUUAGUAAAGCUUAGGAAUUAGGCAGUUGUGCUUUUUUAUUUUUAUUUAUGGUCUGCUGACCACCCCCCCUCUUCACCCCUGUUGCAGAGAACGAACCACACUUUUUUUUAGUAAUAGAAACAAACAAACAAAAAGGUUUACUUACAUUUCAGUGCUGACAGCAAAUACAACAAAGUAGUAUGCAGAAAAAAAUACUUCAAAGUUACUAGGAAGUUUAAGAACUCUUGUGUGCCAGCCCUGUGCUUGUUUAGCAAAACAUGCAUUUGUGAUUUGGCUGCCAACCCUCACCAACAUCCCUGAUCACUGACCAUGCUGGCUGGAACUCAAGGGAGUUGGAACUAGUAAGACCUGGAAUGCAAGCACAGGUACCCAAACCCUCGCUUAGGGAGUUGAUGUGAUCUGCUUUCCACUGGAGAUGGUGAAGCCUCUAGGUCCAUAAUUUGUGCAGUAGAUUGCAGCAAACGAUCAUCUCAUUCUCUCCUAAGUGAUGCAACGUUCCAUGAUCACUUGGGCUAGAGUUUAGUUAUAUUUUCAUGUUACUGCUCUUGUGCUGCCAUCCCACUUGAGUACAAUACCAGCUGGGUAACAUGACUGGAAGCCUGUGUGUGUGUGUGUGUGUGUGUGUGUGUGUGUGUGUGUGUGUAAAAUUUUACAAAGCCCCAUAUUUUCUAGGGCUCUGGCAAUGAGCUUAAACUAUACAUAGUAUGACUUGCUUAACUGGCUUUUGAGGGAAAUACAAUGCAAACAUAAUGCAUUGUAAAGAUCCAAGGUGCCGUUUUCAGUAGCCUGACGAAAGAAUGCAGUUCUUCCAAGUGUUAAGUCUAAUAAACCUGACUAACUAUUAGAAGGAAUGGACCAUCUCUUUAAAUAUUGGGGCUAUUUCUGGGAAUGGGGAAUAUUGCAACAAGGAGCACUUGUAACACAUCACAAUAUAAAAUCACGGGGGUGGGGGUCGGGGGGAG